CCUGUGCUGCCUACAAUGGAAGGUGAGACAGAGUUAACAGAAUAUGUCUCUGAGAAAGUGGAUGUGACCUCUCCUUUUGAGCUCCUGGAUGCACCAACCUCAGGAGGGUUCCUCAAGUUGUCCAAGCCAUGCUGCUAUAUCUUUCCUGGUGGACGGGGAGACUCUGCUUUGUUUGCAGUCAAUGGCUUUAAUAUUUUAAUAGAUGGUGGGUCAGACCAAAAGUCUUGCUUCUGGAAGCUUGUCAGACAUUUGGAUAGGAUAGAUUCUGUUCUCCUUACCCAUAUAGGAGCAGAUAAUCUGCCUGGCAUUAAUGGACUGUUACAGAGAAAAAUUGCAGAGCAGGAAGAAGAGAAGACACAUAGUUCAAAUGCCUAUGGAGACUGGAUGAAAAAUCUGAUCUCACCAGAGCUUGGUGUUGUCUUCUUUAAUGUUCCUGAGAAGCUAAAACUGCCUGAAACAGCACUUAAAGGAAAGAGGAGCAUUGAGGAGGCCUGUCUCACACUGCAAAACCUUCAGAAACUGGGCAUCAAACCUGAGCCUUUAUACAGAGUUGUGAGCAACACGAUUGAGCCUUUAACACUCUUUCACAAGUUGGGUGUUGGCAAAUUAGACAUGUAUAUUCUAAAUCCCCUCAAGGACAGUAAGGAAAUGCAAUUCUUUAUGCAGAAGUGGGCUGGUAACAGUAAAGCAAAGACUGGUAUCAUCCUGGAAAAUGGCAAAGAGGGUGAGAUUUCUGUACCUUACCUCACAUCAGUAACAGCUUUGGUUGUGUGGGUGCCUGCAAGUCCAACUGAGAAGAUUGUGAGGGUACUGUUUCCUGGAAAUGCCCCACAAAACAAAAUAUUUGAGGGCCUGGAAAAGCUGAGGCAUCUCGAUUUCUUGCGAUAUCCAGUAGCCACUCAAAAGGAAAUGUCAUCUGGAGCUCCAAUUCCACUGAUAAAACAAACUAAAAUGAAACUGAGAACUGAUAGCAAAGAAAGUCUGAAGUCAUCACCCAAAAUGUCUUCCACAACAAAAGCAAGCAAGAAAGAAGCAAAUGAAGACAUUGAGUCCAAGAGUGACUCUGUAAAGGAAAACAAAGUUGAAAAGAAAGAGAAGAAAAUAAAAGAGAGUGUCAAAGCGCCAAAACCAGCAAAACCCAAGACAGCAUCACCCGAUUCAGUUAAACAAGAGAAAAAGAAACUCCACAGAGAAAAAUCUCCUAAAAAACAUAUCAAGGACAAGGCUUCCAAGAUGGAGGAAAAUAAAGAUCAAGAAAAGAAAGACACAAAGAAAGAAAAGAUAGAUUUAAAGAAAGAGGACUUGGUUAAAAAAGGACCGAAAAUUAAGGAGGAGAAGAAAAAGGAAAAAGAAAAAAUUAAGUCUGAGUUGAGGAAAAUCACUAAACCAGACUUAAAGCCCUUCACUCCUGAGGUCAGGAAGACUCUGAACAAAGCAAAGGUUCAAGUAAAGCCUAAAGCAGAAAAAACAAAAGCUGCAAAAGAGCAAGAAAACAGGCCUGCUGCUAAGAAAGCUUCAAUAGAAAAACAGGAGAGUGACAGGUCUUUAGUCUCCUCCCCAGAGGAUCUUACCAAGGAUUUUGAAGCCUUGCAACUUGAAGAGGGGCUUUCCAGGACUGCAGAGAGUAAAAUACACUCAAGUCUUCAGUCAUCAGUGGACACCAUUGUCCCUCACAUUGGAUCUCCUGAUGAGGGAAUAACUACAACAGAUGUUGAAACCGAGUCCCCUCAUGAGGAGAGGGUGCCCUAUAGAGAAAUGACAAGUAAAUCCCACUCUAAAACAGCUGAUAAAUUUGAGAAUGAAGGUGCUGCUACAGAAGAUGACAUAGAAGAUUACUAUUCUGCAAAGCUAAAAAGUGCUAAAACAUCUAACGUCGUUGAGAAGGUAGAUGAUAAAAAAUGCCAAGACAAGGUAAAAGAGGAAGAGAUGGAGUUCCAAAUGAAACCAAAAAAGAGUGACAGUGAAGAGGAUGAGGAUGUGAUUGAGAAAGCAGAGCUAGAAGAAGCUGAGGAUUUAGUACAUGAGGAGGAGCUCAAGUACAAACCAGAUGAGGCUAAGAAAGAGAAACUCAUAAAGGAUCUGGAGACAAAACAAAGUGACAUUAAAUCUGACAAACCUGAGGUAGCUGCAGAUCACAUUUCUUUCAUCCAACACGAGACCAUUCCAGUUUACUCUGAGAUGGAGCAGACAAUCUCAGAUGAGGAGAUUAAUGAGGAGACAGAGGAAAGAAUCCCACUUUGUCCAAUAUAUCUCCAAUAUGAUGCUGGCUCAUACGAAAUCUCCAUUCCUGAUGAACCAGGGAAUUUUGAAACCCUCCAUGGCAUGAAACCACCAACCAUAUCUGUUUCCUCUGAGUUCUCAUCUAAGGGAUUUGCAGUAGAUCAGGUGCCAGUGUUGUCAGCUUAUGCAACCAAUAUAAUAGCGGCUCCAUUGGCUGAAGAAGAGCAUAUAACUUCAGCCACUUCCAUCACUGAAUAUGACAAAUUAUCAUCCUUUGCGACAUCUGUUAAUGAAGAUCAGUCUGUAGCAUCUGUGACUGCACCACCCACUGAAGAAGCAGGAAAAAGCUCUUUACUCUUGGAUACUAUAAAUAGUAUACCAUUGUCCGUACAGACAGAUGCAACUCAAGGAAAGGAGUACCUUCACUCUGCAGGAACUAUUUCUCCAACUUCUUCUUUAGAGGAGGACAAGUGUUUCAAAUCACCUCCAUCAGAGGAAUAUCAACCUAUUGUGCUAGAUAUGGAAACUACUAGGAAGGCUACAACUCACACAAAUUAUGAGGAUGAAGAGGAUGAAGAAGAGGAUAAGGAUCAGACACCAAAUGUUGACAUGCCACUUGGAAAGCUCCAUGAGGGUUAUGCAUCUGCUGCCAUGACCCAAGACAGGGAACAUUCUUUAGGUGAUGCUCCUUCAUCAAUGACCCCUCUUUCUUCUUCUGUGAUGUAUGAUGGCACAGAAGAAAAAUAUGAAAAGUUACUUACACUCUCUAAGGAUACACCUAAAUUAGCAUCCUCAGAGAGUGAGGAAAGAUGUCUCAGCCCAGAUGACAGCACUAUGAGGUUUGCCUCACCCACACAAUCAGGACCUACCAGUGGUAGCUACUCUCCAACUGAGGAGAGGACUCAAAAGCCUCUGAUGAUGGAGAAAGAAGAAAAAAAAGACAAAGACACUUUUGACUCUAAGAUAUAUUUUACCCAAGAUGCUCCUGCUGACAAAAUGUUAGUGAAAAUAAUUGAUAAUGAAGUGGACCCUUUCAAAAAGGGAUUCUCCAGCACUAAGGGACCAAUAUAUGACUCGGAUGAAGAGGUAGACGAGAAAGAUGAUAAUGAUUAUGAAAAGGGAAGCUAUAAAGAGUGUAGUAAAACUAAAUACAAAGAGGAGAGGGAAAGCACAUUUCUUGAUGAAGAAUACACCUAUGAGGCAACACUCUCAAAGGAAGUGAAACUCUUUGGAAAUGAAAUAGAAGCUCUGGAUAAAGAAGAAAAACCACAAAAUGUGACUUACUUGGGGCAAGAGUAUGAAUCUCAUAUGCUCAGUUCAGGAGAAGAAGAAGAAAGUGACACUGAUGAUGGUACUUACUCGAGCGUUAAAGUACCCCAGGACAAGUUAGAUUCCAUGUCAGCAGGCCAGGGCAAAAAAGAUGCAUCAUUCUCAGAGUUAGGUGACCCAAAAGUGAUCUCUAAAGACAUUGAUAAAAGUGUCCACUUCAGCUUGUAUUCCUUCCCUGAGAGUGAGAAAGGCCUCAAAGGGGAAAUUGAGAGGGUUGUUAGGCAAGAUACACCUUAUGUUGUUAAGAGCUUUACCUACUCUGAUGUAUAUGACAGUAAAAUGAGUUCAGUGGAUUCACACUCUCCCAGUUUGCCAGCUGAUCACACAUUUAAUGAUACUGAUAUUGCCCUAAAGAAAACAGAGAAAGUAGAUUGCCUGGAUUCUUUCACUGGGAAGAUUUCUGACUUUAAAGAAUCACAUGAAAUGGAAAUGCCAUCAGCUUCUUCUAGUGAAACACAAAAUAUCUAUGGGGCAUCACAGUUUAAGGACAUGUCAGAAGAAUCUGAUAAGAUAAAUAAGUUUGAAAAGGAGACAGCUGAGAAAACUUUCCAAUCUGUUCCAACAGAGCGAGACCCCUUGUCAGUUAAAUUAAAGAAGCCUGAUUUUAGCGGGAUAGCUGAGGUUGGGGCAGCACAUUCGGCCCAUUAUACAGAUGACAGAGUCAUUUCUGAUUUCAGUGUCAAAAGUCCCACUUCUGUAGUGGGCCAAUCUGCAAUUGGCACAAAAGAAUUCUUGGCUGCAGACAUAAGGAUGUUUGCCGAUGGAGAGGAUGAAGAUGAUGAUGAGGAAGAGGAAGAAGAAGAAGAAGAUGAUGAGGAUGAGUUGGAGGAUGGAGAGCAUGCAAGUGAUAGUGACAUUGAGAAAGGUUCUAAAGACAGACCAGAGAAAGAUUUCCAGAGCCCAUUGAGUAGUGCCACCAGCUCUGUGCCUACUCAAUUUGAGGAUGAAAAGAAAGAGACCAUUUCAAAUGGCCAUAGCUAUGGCUUCCACACUAAUAGCAAACCUCUCGGUUCAUCAACAUUUGAAUCCACUGUAAGCCAUGAGGGCCCCAAGGACUCAAUGCAAACUGCGAAAGUUAAUGCCUCAUAUUUGCCUGCUGAAGGCCACAUUACGGGCAUCUCUGGAUUUGAACGAUCUUCCAGUGAGGAGAAUGAUGAGCUUGUAGGAAAAAAUGAGAUAGAUGUUCAGUCAUAUCUACCACUAUCAACAAGGUCUGUUGAAAACUAUGAUAGCAAAGAUGUUGCGUUUGACAAGCAAAAAACACCAGAUAAAGUGAAUAAAAUAACAGGAGACUCUGUUUCUUUGGGUUUCAGUUACACAACGUCAGCCACAGCAUAUUCCUCUUCCUCUUCUUACAGUCAUUCCUCUUCAGCCUCGGCAUCUCUGUCCACUAGCCGCCAGCUUGGAGAUGAGGUUGUGACUCCAGCCAGCACUGGAUUUGAAUACUCAUCUUUCAAAGAUGAACAUUCACCAGUAAUUGAUUCACCCUUCUCCAGUUCUGGUGGGCAGAUAAAGGACGAAUAUUUAGAAGUAUCAGAGAAGUUUACACCUGCAACCACAACAGCUGAAUCCACAUCAAGCCUUGCGAGAUUCUCACCAUUAUCACCCUUUGAAGAAAUCAAACCUUUCCCUCCGCACACUGGUGCUUGUAUAGGUGAUAAGAAAGAUCCUGUUAACACUGCAAGCAAUAUUUCAGACCAAGGACCACAGAGUCAAUGCUUUUACAAGCCAGAGUGGGAAGUUGACUCAAGAAUACAAGCUGAAAUUGGUGCAACUGGACCGUAUUCCUCUCUCUCACAAUCCACACCAAGGGAAUCCAUGCCUGAAGGUCUAUAUGGUGCUUCAUCAACACUUCAAUAUGAGUGCCCUGAAAAACAGUACUAUGAAGACACUGAGAGCAGUGAAGAGGAAGAGGAUCAUAUGUAUGAAACUGAACUAGAUAAACUAGAGUACCCAAAAUCUCCCCUUACAACCCAAGUGGACAAGAAAGAUGCCACCUAUUCUUUGGGUGAGAAACUAACAAUGGACAUACCUUCAGGUAUGGGCAGCAGUAUUCCAAAUGUGCUUAAUUCAUACCCUUCCUCUUUUCCUGAGCCCACAAAACCAGACAAAGCAAAUGGGCCUGCAGAAGUCAGUGUGAAUGCACCAGAGACUUUUAGUGGAACCAGCAACUUAACAAAUAUAGAGAUCAAAGGCCAAGAAAUUGACACCAAACAAUUUAGGACCCCAAGUGAAUGGGAAAUGCUACAGCAACGAGACAUCUACCCAGAGGCCUCACCGCCUCAUUAUCGUCAUGAGGAUGAGGAUGAAGAAGAAGAAGAAGAAGAGACAGAGUCAGAGCACCCAGCCCGUCCUCUUUCCCUCUCAUCCACAGACCAACCGUUCCAAUCCUCCUAUUACACUGAUGACCUAAGCAGACGAGGUGACAAAUCCGACCAUCCUUCAGAUGUUAGUAUUCGUCCACAUUCAUCCACGGCUUCCCCAGGUUAUUCAUCCUUUGAGUACAAGCAGAGUAGGGGAGACACAUCUCCAUCCUUCAUCAACCCAAGCUUGUGUCACCUUUCAAGUGACGAGGAGAGCGAGGAACAGACAACUGAUCUACAGCAGCCUUCUGGCAAGACAAGAUCCCACAAACAGCCUCGCCACCAUUCUCGAAGUCAACAUGGUGAUGACAGCGAAUUGCAGCACUUCUCUGGAGCCAUGGCUGCUGGUAUUAGUGCCAGCAGAGAGGACACACCUCCGACCUCAGUCAGUGAACAGUUAAAUUCCCAAUCAGAUUCUGAUGUUCCACCAAUCACAACAGAAGGAAACAUCGACUCUGACGAGGAUGCGGAUUACCUGCCUGUUGAUAAAUCAUCUGGAGCUUAUGGGGGAAAACAUUACUCUAGGUCACCUGACAAGAAUCCUGAUCCCUUCCCCUCACCAAUGAUGGAUCCUGCCCCUUAUCCCCCUCACCCUGAUGUGUGUAUGGUAGAUCCUGAGGCUCUGUCAAGCCUAACAGACAAACCGCUUAAGAAAGAUACCAAAACAAAGGGCUUACGUAAAUCAGGCAAGACAAAGUCCUCAUCUCCGGCUAGGAAGCCUGAUGCCAGGAAGAAGUCCCCAUCCAAGGAACCCUCCACUCACACCACAGCUCUUAAGAAGAAGGACAUAGAGGACGACCUGUCAAGGUCAAGCCACAACACUGGCAAAGGCCUCGUCAGUGGUUUUAAGAACAGCGCAGGUUCAAAUUCCGCGAAAUUCAGCACAUCUGUGCCACCUGGACCUCCUAUUUAUGUGGAUCUGGCCUACAUUCCCAAUCACUGCAGUGCUAAAAAUGUGGACCAGGAAUUCUUCAAACGUGUUCGUUCUGCAUAUUAUGUAGUGAGUGGAAAUGACUCCAGCAGUGGAGAGCCGAGCCGUAGUGUACUAGAUGCCUUGCUUGAGGGAAAGGCACAGUGGGGAUCCAACCUACAGGUGACAUUGAUACCUACUCAUGACACAGAAGUGACCCGAGAUUGGUACCAACAGACCCAUGAGAAACAGCAGGAGCUGAACAUCAUGGUCUUGGCCAGCAGCAGCACAGUAGUAAUGCAAGAUGAGUCAUUCCCAGCCUGCAAAAUAGAGUUCUAAAUACAACAUGGCUCCCAGGAUCACAACUUUACUCUCAAAUGGUCCGUUGCAGCCUUAAUUGUGGUUUACUCUGUGUACAAUAAUUAAAACUUUGAUAUCAAUAACCAGUGUUUUAAGACAACACAUAUUCUGUGUUUUAAGACAACACAUAUUCUAUAUUGUCCAAAAGCCCAAUGAAAAGGUACAAGCUCUGAUGAUUAUGUAAUGGUAAAAAAAACUUGUUAGAGUGCAGGAGAUCAGGAAGAUGUGCCUUUCACUGUAUAUCUUUCAGGGUGGCUUUUCCCUUUAAUUUUUAAAAGGCAUACUGUACAUACACACAGUUUUAAAUUGCAUAAUUUGGCACAAUUUUGCAAAAAUAUUUUGUCGUUCCUUGCUGUUUCAAGGUAAUGUUUGCCCAAAAAUGAAAAUCCUGUCAUAAUUUACUCACCCAUACAGUAUGUUUUCCCAAACCUGUAUGACUUGCUAUCUUCCAUGGAACAGCAAGAUAUUCACUUUUCACUUUCACUGCAUCUUUUUCUAUACAAUGAAAGUGAAUGGUGACUAAGACUAACAUUCUGCAUAACAUCUACUUUUUGUUCCAAGAACAAAUUCACAUAUGUUUGGAUAAACAUGAGGGUGAAUAAAUAAUGAACUGUCCCUUCAAAUAAAGCACAAGCUUACCUAUUUACUUUUCUUUUGACCAAGAAGCACCAGAGACUGGGAUCUAUCAAAUGUUGCAACUCAACUACUGUAGAUUGUCCAAUGUUACUUUCAAUGUUAACUUUCUGCUUUUAGUUUAUGCAUUUUUCACACUGUGCAUAUUAUACUCAUCAAUUAAUCAAGUUACCUCACAUUCAAAUAACAGUUGGGGUUAUAUACAUCAACAGAGAUCUUAGCAAACACCUGGGUGCCAUAAUUACAAAAUUCCACUAAAAUUUGUGCCUGAGGCCAGAAAAAGAACAUUAGUAAAUAAAGAUGAUGAACAGAGAACUAUAUCUGUAGCACACAUGUUUAUUUUAUAUAUAUAUAUAUAUAUAUAUAUAUAUAUAUAUAUAAAUAAACGUGCAUGCUGGAGAUGGAGAGUUGUGGUAUGGCUGGUGUGCUUGUCAAAUAAUUGCUUUACAUUCCUGCAUUCAGAGAUUAAUGCUAUGAAUUUCAUAAAAUAAUUUGUGUAAUUGGAUGACAAAAGCAUCAACAAUAUCAUUAAUUAUAAUGAUAUUAUAACAACAUACUACAAAAUUGGAACAAAACGUAACAAAAUAAGAAUAAUUCUGAGAGGUGUAGAUGUUGGUGAGUUUGUCAACACUUGACUGGAAUCAAAUCUUAUUUUUGUCAUGAUGUAUAAACAGUAAGUUUAAAGAGUUUAUGGUUAUAUUAGUGUUUAUGGAGUUGAAAAUGAUGUUUUAUUACAGAUCUCAUCACAUAUUUUGAAGAGCUUCAAAAUAACAACUAUAAAACAAUGUAUGUAUGUAUAUAUAUAUAUAUGUAUAUAUAUAUAUAUAUAUAUAUAUAUAUAUAUGAUAAUAAAAUGAAUGACUUUUGUGAUGUGGAGAGAGGAAGACUGAGAAUAAUGUAAGUUGCCAGAAUUGAAAAGGAAUGGUUAUCGUAUGAACGUUCAGAUGUGAGCUUUGAAUUAAACACUGAAAUCUAUUCCAAGAGAAUGAUCUUUUAGUGUUUUUUAAGGAUUAGUAAAGCACAUUUUACCUCUAUGUUUCCAUUCCAUCUGUCAGAAUUAACUAUGGUGAAUAGGAAAACGUGUAAAACAAACUGAUUAAGUAAAAUUAAUAAUAGUGCUGGAGUUUUGGAUAUAUAUAUAUAGGGAGGAAUGGUAAACGUAUCUUUAACCGAUUAAUCAGAAUCUCUCUGUAAAGAGUACUAUAUACACUGCAUGUACAUUAUUGUAAGAAAAACUAAAGGUUGAAUGUGCAUUUGAGUACUGCUGUGCUUUUUAGGGGCUUGGGUCCAAAUUUACUGCUUGAUUAAAAACUAAGAUUGUAGAAUCCCAUUUGAGUCAAAAUUCUAAUUUAAUGCUUAUUCUUCAUACAUUUGAAACAACAUGCUGUAAUUUUUAAAUUUCUGUUACAGUUCUGAUUGAUUUUAGUCUUUAUUUAUGUUUAAAAGUUGACAGGUUCAAUUAAUGUCUUUUGAGGAAAAUGACCAUGAUUUAAGAACAAUGUUUAGAUCUAUACAAGAUGACAGAUUAUGGGAAAUGGUUCAGCAUAGACCUUAACUUCUCUGUGGAAUAACUGAUGAGGAUUAACAGCUAAUGCUCACCUGUAAUGUUUUAAAGGUGCUGUAACUUUUGAGCUACUGGUUAUUUGGCUGUGCUGCAGAGAUGUUCUGCCUGACAUGGUGAAACCCAGAUGCCACUACGCUGUACCACAGAGAAAAACAAACAAACAAACAAACAAACAUGUACCAGACUGUAGACUGCCAGAUCAAGUGACUAGAUCACGGAUCACAUUUUAUAUUCAAGAUUUGUAAGUGUCCGUGUGAUUAUCUUUUUUUUUUUGAAGACUAAAUGUUUAAAAACAAAAUGCGAAAUAGUCACUAUGUGCUGUGCAAAACAUCCUUUAGUUGCAGUGUUGAGUUUGCCAUCUUGAUAGCGUCAAAUCUUUGAAAUACUGCAUAGCAUUCCAAUGAGCCUAUAGCAAUUUAAUGCAUGUGAUCUUAAGUUUGAACGUACAUGUAAUAGUUUGGAGUUAUAUAAAUAAAGUGCAAUUUUAAAAUAUAUACUGUAUAUUUAAAUGCUAAUAGUCUCAAUUUUACUGAAAGGCACAUAUAAUCAUGCUGUGCUAUCAUUUCCAGGUUGCAGUGUUUCAAAAAGAAAAAAAAAUGUGUACUUUAAUUUCUUUUUUUUUUUUUUUGCUUUCCAAGUUUUUUUUCUUUCUUUUUAUGUGCAAUACUCUGUAUCUUCUUUACGCCCACUAAAUGAGUGUCUACAAAUAUGUUGUAGAAAGUUAAACCUGAUAAUCACUAAUAAAAUAUGUUAA